ACAAGCCAUCAGUACACCGAUCUCUCGCUCAUUAACAGCAUUCUCUGUCUUGUCCUCAUACUGAUCAUCACCAUGUUAACUGGCGAUCGCCUCUGUCUUGGCCCAAAGGUCACUCUGAAGUUGACUACUCUUCCAUCUCCAUCAGAACCACAACUAGUGUACUCGGGGUCAUGUACAUCUGGGCCAUCACGUCCUCAGGAUGCGGUCCCUGUCAAAAUCGACAUUUCCCCCCGCGAAGAACAGCACACCGAGCGCCUCCAGGACUCCAGCUCUUUUGGAAGUUCUGCCUCAGCACUUCCCCCACGAGAGAAAUUGGCAAGCCUUACAAAUGCACUUCAAAAACCCUGGGCUGGUUCUUAUGCACCUGAUAUUACGCCUCUGCCUAUCGCCGUCCCUCCCGUGGAGUCACGGUCCGGUGUCUCAGAGGAUAUUAACCUGGCGAAUCUCUCUCGUGGACUUCAACAUCCUUCUGACUGCAAGCCGAUCGGCCCUUCUCCAGUUCCUGCUCGGGCUUCGAUGCCAUCCGUUCGAGGCCCCUUUCGUAAGUUAUGCAUGCUGCAACAAGGAGGUUUUGCUACGGCUUGGGCAGCUGAAGACAUUUCAUCGGGACGUUUGCUGUGUCUGAAGGUUUUUCGAAAAAAACGUCUCAAGUACAAUCGUACAGAAGAGGGUCUUUUGAACGAGCUGGAUGUCUACAAGCACAUCGCGUCUGAGCAGGAGACUUGUCCUGCAGGAAAAAUGUUCCUGAUGGAACUAGAAAUGUCUUUUCAAACAAGGCGUGACAUCUGUUUCGCCAUGGAAUUGAUGGCAAAUGAUUUACUUUAUUAUAUGACUCGUGAAUCGGCAUACUGCGGCGCGAAUGCUCGAAGGUGGAGUGCGCAGAUAGCUCUUGGUAUCAAUGCUCUCCACUGUAUGGGCAUCAUUCAUCGAGACAUCAAAGCUGAAAAUAUCUUAAUCGAUAUACAAGAGAACGUGCGGAUUGCUGAUUUCGGCCUCUGUUAUAUGCACAAUGAACCCUUGGAUCGACGGAUGGCAUUAUUCGUCGGACGUGACGGGAACCACCCAGUGUAUGGCGCCCGAAAUGCUGCACAACAGGAGAAAUCCGCGUCCUACGAAAUAUGGAAUCACCGUAGACUUGGUGGUCUUUUGGGUGCGUUCUUUAUGAGCUUGUCUCUCCUAGCCAUCAGCCACUCUUUGCCACAGGGAAGGCUACAAUUGAUUAUGUUACUUGGCACCGCAGACCAUCCAACACGGUCAAGUUGUUCCCCGCAUUUGAGCAAGCUUGAUUCAUCUGUCGCUAGUUUGGUUGCAGGGUUGCUCAGACCUUUAGCCCUGAUGCGAUAUGGGUUUGAAGACCUCACGAUGCACGCAUGGUUUGAGAACAAUGACAUGUCAGAAUUUCAUGACGCGCACGAUCGUGCUCUUCGGCGUGUCGAAUGGCCACAUAUGCGACCAAACUUGCAGGGACAGACCAAAGCAGCGGUGAUCUUGACCCCUCUUACCGCUUGGCCUGGUGGUCGUCGGUCAAAACGCUUGCUAGAUGUAGAUUGGAUGAACCCCAGCCGGUCUGGAGUUGUUUCUUAGUUCUUUUCAUUACCGAGGUCAUCAUUUCGAGUUCUGCAUUCCACUACGACCCCCAUCAAGAAUUUCUUGCUACAAAUGAUUCCUAAAUGUACCUUCAGCGAUGUAGACUCACCUUGUAGUCCCCGUCUUUUUGUUCUUUGCAUACACCUUGCAACCAAUGAUAUAUAUGUAUGUCUCUUGAGCCACA